GGAAAAGGCUCGUGAAAGGGAAGGGGGCGGCGGGAGUGGCGCGCUCCCUCCCUGCGCCCGCCCUCCUCUCCGCGGCCGGCGGCUCUGGGGGCUCAUGGCCCCGCGCGGGGGCCGCCCCGGCUCCGGGGACCGACCCUGCGGCCGCGCCUGCUCGGACAAGGCGCGCGUCGGGCUCUGCGUCGGGCUGGCGGUGGCCGUGGGCGCCGUGGCGCUGGCGGCGCUGCUGUGGCACCACCGCAGCCCCCCGGCGCUGCCCACCCCGGCGGCCUACGCGUGGAACGGGCGGGGCACCACGCCCCACUUCCCGCAGAUCGUCCUGGGCCGCUGCUACUCCUACACCCAGAUCCUCAGACCCGAGCUCCGAGACAGAGACUGCCGCAAGAUCGAGGCGGCCUUCCGGAAUGCGUUCCUUGCUAAGAACCCUUGUCACGUGACAGAACAAGACUAUGAACCACUCAUAAAGUUGGUGAAUCAAACAGUAGCUUGUGACAAGACCCUCUUUUGGAGCAAAACCAAAGAACUGGUGCAUCUGUACACCGGGGUGCAGACAGACUUUCUCACGCUGGAGGACACACUCCUGGGUCACCUGGCCGAUGGUCUCAACUGGUGUGGUGAUGCGGACUCUUCUGAGAUGAACUAUCACUCCUGUCCACUCUGGAAGAGAGACUGCCGUGCCAAUGCCGUUUCCAUAUUCUGGAAUGUAGCAUCCAGAAGGUUUGCAGAAGAUGCCUGUGGAACGGUCCACGUGAUGCUCAAUGGGUCCAUCAGUAACCCCUUUGACAAAAACAGCACUUUUGGGCGUGUGGAAAUCUUUAAUCUGCAACCAGCGAGGGUUCAUACCCUACAGGCCUGGGUGGUGCACGACAUCGGAGGAGUUUCCAGAGACUCAUGUUCCAGUCCCUCGAUAAAUGAUCUGAGAUCAAUCAUAAAUAAAAGGAAUAUUACAUUUGUUUGCCAGGAUAACUACAGGCCCGUUAACUUUCUGCAGUGCGUGAAAAGUUCCGAGCACUCAGUUUGCAGGUCUAAGAUGUGAGCGCGUCCACAGAGUUGUUCCAGAUCUUUGGGCCUUGGUGGUCGGCAUCAAGGUUCCUGACUGAGGAGACGCGUUGGUGAGAAGAUGCAAAUUUGGAGGUUCCUCUGUCCUCCUACGAACAUCUAAGAAGGAAGCCAGCCCCGACCACGAGUCUCCCAAUCCGGUUGUUGGCGUUUGUGUGGGGUGUGGAUUCAGGGCACUAUCAUGAGAACCGUCAUCUCAUGAUAGUCAAAAAAAUCAUGAUUUGUAUAUUAUUAGAAUUAAAUGUUCUAUUUUUUAAUUUUUAUUUAGGAAGAAAACUUUUGCAUUGGUAAGAUGUUAGUAACAUCCUUUCUAUGGAAGAAUGGUUCCCAUGAAACCUCUCCUGUGCAUGUCAGGAAUGGUAAACGGAGAAGCUCUUGAGAAAGCCUUAUACUUCUGAGUGAUCUUGUCCCAGGGGCGCCUCCCUAUAGGGUGUACAGGUUGCCAGACUCUACCCUAGUUGGGGGGCUUCUUGGGAAAGUGUCUGGUAGAGUAGAAGCUCCCCGCGUGUUUGGCGAGUUCCCACAAACCCUUCCUUUGUCUCCCGUUUGUCCGGUGGGGCAGUAGGAGCUCGUCAAGGUUGUGCAGUUCACUGAAGUCCUGCACUGAGCUCCAGGUAGAGACGAUACGCCUUCAGCUCUGUGGGACUCGAGGGGACCUGCUUUCUUUGCCCAGGUGUGUGUGUUGGCCGUGCUCUCCCAGUAAGAGCCGGCGAGAUGGUACAGGGUGGGGUGACUGUCCUGCAUCUAACCAACCCUGGCUCUCUCCCUGGCAUGGAAUAUGGUUCUCUGAGCACCACCAGGAGUGACCCUGAGCCCAGAGCCAGGAAUAAGCCCUAAGCACAGCCAUGUGUGACUCCCAACCUUCCCCUCCCCGCCCAAUUAAAAACGUGCAACAGAGACUGGAAUGUGGGAUUACUCUGAGUGGCUUCAAAGCACAUCCUUCCUUUCCUCCUCUUCCUUUUCCUCAUUCUCACUGUCUUACGCAUGUAGUGAACAGCUCAAUAGUUAUUUGUUUCUGACAUUGGUCAUUUAUAUCUCUCCCACUUUGGGUGGGGGGUUCACACCCAAGAGUUACGCCUGACCCAGCGGGUUACUCCUGCAGGUUACUCCUGACCCAGCACUCAGGAGUCCUUCUCCAGUAGUGUUUGGAGACCGGGCAGUGCUGGUGAUUGAACCCAGGUCUCCUGCAAGCAAAGCAUGUGCUCCAGGCCUCUGAGCCGUCUCUCUGGCUUCUUGUCAUACCCCGUUUUUCUCUUGAUAUGUCUGUCUUGGGAAUUAUUAAUUUUAUUAUUUUCCAAUAACCCAAGCCAGCUUUAAAAAUAUUUUAUUUUGGGCAUCAUGGUGUACAAACAGCUAUUAGAGUGGUUUCCUACACGAGACACAGCGGCAUGGGCCCUCCGCCUUCCUCCAGCGCCUCUCCCUGCCUCCUUGGCGAGCUCCCUACUGCAGACCGUUGUCAGCUUCUGUUGCUUUUGCACAGUCGUUGUUCCCCUACAUGGCUCUACACAUCCCGCCCACGGAGACCCUUCGUGUCUGUCCCUUUAACGUCCUCAUCAUGAUGCUGCCCACGAGCAUCAAAGAGGUAAACUCUAGCCUUGCUGCUUUUCUCUCUAUCCAGCUGUCUUUUUACUUCUCUUUAUUAUUAGAGCAUAUCAAGUCCUCCUCCUCCUCCUCUUCCUCCUCCUCCUCCUCCUUCCUCUCUCUCUCUCUCUCUCUCUCUCUCUCUCUCUCUGUGUCUUUCUCAUUUCUUGUUUCAGUUUCUUAUGAUGGAAGCUUAGAUAAUUUUCAGUCUUUUUUAUUCUUGCAUAGACAUUUUAGUAUUAUAAAUAUUUAUACUAGGAACUUGCUUUUGUAGUAGUUUUCAAGUUUCUUCCUCCUCCUCUUCUUCCUCCUCUUCCUCCUCUUCUUCCUCCUCCUCUUCUUCUUCCUCCUCCUCCUCUUCUUCCUCCUCCUCUUCCUCCUCUUCUUCUUCCUCCUCUUCCUCUUCUUCCUCCUCCUCUUCCUCUUCCUUCUCCUCUUCUUCCUCUUCCUCUUCCUCCUCCUUCUCCUCCUCCUCCCCCUUCUUCCCCUCCUUCCCUUCUCAUUCUCUUGCUCCUUUAAAAUUUUUUUCUAUAGAGGUCACAUUCCGUGGUCUGAAGGGUGAGGGGACGCAGGCCAGUUUGCUGUGGACCUUACGGUUUGGUGCUUAGAAGCCAUCAGAGUUAUAACUGGUGUUUCUCGGGCCAUGCAGUUCUGGAGAAUGAACUAAGGGCUGUGCACAUGUUAGGCAUGUCUUCAGCCACUUGGUUAUCUCAGGUAGAACCUGUCCUGCACAGAAGGAGUCUGCUUUCGUAAGGUUUAAAAGGUGUCAAGAAGUUUUAUGCAGAAGAUACAUGUCGUGUAUGCUGGACUAAAAUGGUAUAAAGUAAAAUGAUAAGAUAAGCCUAUUUUGUAGUUUCAUUAUAAAAGGUUGCAUUUUUGAAUGCAGCAUAUUUGACUACAACCUAGACAUUUUUCGUGAUUUUGUAAGAAAUCAUGAAACAAUUUCUAUUACUACUUGUUGUAACAUACAUGUUUUUAACAGUGUAUCGGGGACAUGAGGGCUUGGUGUCCCCCAGCCCACAGACAGCACAGAAGCUUGUCUCUGAUAACCUAUUUCUCCUUUCACUUGAUCCAGACAGAUGUAAAUGUUUGUUAGCAUUCUCUGAUAAAAAUUUAAGCAGCACAAGGAUUAUAAUAAAAACCAUAGAGUAACUCAAUGGAUAAGUUGUUCCACGUCUGUGAGUUUCUAGUUUGGAAUAUAUUUAUAACAGAUUUAGGGAAUGAUGCAAACAAUAAAAGAUGACUAAAUAAA